UGGAACUGAGUAGCCUUCAUUGAAUCUGCGGCUCUCAUGACGUCUCCCUGCGUGGUCCACCACUUUGCUCCUAACCCAGGAAUAUUUUUUUUCUGUCACUCUUGCCUUUUCCCCCUUCCUUCCUCCGGGUCGCCCUCCCCCGUGCCUGCCCAAACGCACACCCUUCCGCCCCUCCUUCGGUCCCAGCGCCCAGCCCUCCGCUCCACUCUCGGCCAAAGGGAGCCAGUCUGAAGACGGCCGCACCUGGCUGGAGAGGUUGGCGGGCGGAGGGUGGGGAUCCGCGGGAACCCGCAAGCUGGAGCCGGAGCUGGAUGGACCGCGAGAAUGGAGUCUCCUAACAGCCUCCCGGGGCUGAUGUGAAGUCGGACCAUCUGCUUCCAGUUUUUCGUUUCCUUCUCGUUUUUGUAUUUCCUGCCCUCGCCAUCCAUCGUGGAGUGAAUGAUUAAAUCUUGCUCCGCUCAAGAGAGACCAUGAUUGAGUGAGACCACCCUGUCCGCAACCAGGAAAAGCACAAACAAGAAAUGACAGCGAUGGCCAAGUUGACAGAAUCCAUGACUAAUGUCCUGGAGGGGGACUCCAUGGAUCAGGAUGUGGAGAGCCCCGUGGCCAUUCACCAGCCAAAGUUGCCUAAGCAGGCCAGGGACGACCUGCCCAGACACAUCAGCAGGGACCGGACCAAAAGGAAGAUCCAGAGGUACGUGAGGAAAGACGGAAAGUGCAACGUCCAUCACGGGAACGUGAGGGAGACCUACCGCUACCUGACGGACAUCUUCACCACCCUGGUGGACCUCAAGUGGAGAUUCAACCUGCUGAUCUUCGUCAUGGUUUACACAGUGACGUGGCUCUUUUUUGGAAUGAUCUGGUGGCUGAUCGCGUACAUCCGAGGAGAUAUGGACCACAUAGAGGACCCCUCGUGGACUCCCUGUGUCACCAACCUCAACGGGUUCGUCUCUGCUUUUUUAUUCUCCAUAGAGACAGAAACCACCAUCGGCUAUGGCUACCGGGUCAUCACAGAUAAGUGCCCGGAGGGAAUUAUUCUCCUCCUAAUCCAAUCUGUGUUGGGGUCCAUUGUCAACGCAUUCAUGGUGGGAUGCAUGUUUGUAAAAAUAUCUCAGCCCAAGAAGAGGGCAGAGACCCUGGUCUUUUCCACCCACGCGGUGAUCUCCAUGCGGGACGGGAAACUGUGCCUCAUGUUCCGGGUGGGGGACCUGAGGAACUCCCACAUCGUGGAGGCCUCCAUCAGAGCCAAGCUGAUCAAAUCCAAACAGACGUCAGAGGGGGAGUUCAUUCCCCUGAACCAGACGGACAUCAACGUGGGGUACUACACAGGGGAUGACCGGCUAUUUCUGGUGUCACCGCUGAUCAUCAGCCACGAAAUUAACCAACAGAGCCCUUUCUGGGAGAUCUCCAAAGCCCAGCUGCCCAAGGAGGAACUGGAGAUUGUGGUCAUCCUGGAGGGGAUGGUGGAAGCCACAGGGAUGACGUGCCAAGCCCGAAGCUCCUACAUCACCAGUGAGAUCCUGUGGGGUUACCGGUUCACGCCCGUCCUGACGCUGGAGGACGGCUUCUACGAAGUUGACUACAACAGCUUCCACGAGACCUACGAGACCAGCACCCCGUCCCUUAGUGCCAAAGAGCUGGCCGAGCUGGCCAGCAGGGCAGAGAUGCCCCUGAGUUGGUCUGUGUCCAGCAAACUCAACCAACAUGCAGAACUGGAGACUGAGGAGGAAGAGAAAAAUCAGGAAGAGCAAACAGAAAGGAAUGGUGACGUGGCAAAUCUAGAGAAUGAGUCCAAAGUUUAGCGCCUGGCUGGGCCCCCCUCCCUCCUGCCCCAGACGUGGCCUUUCCUCGUCACUCAUCCUCUUUCUUUUGGUCUCUCUGGCUUUGUUCUUUAUACUUAAUUUUGACAUCACCAGAAAACAAGUCUUCAAGGUGUAAAAUCCCUACCUGCCCUCUCUCAGCUGUUCAGAUUGACAAGGUAGACCAGAUGGUUAAGGAGCCGUGGGCCCACAUUUGUGGCCCAAGUUUGAUCUCUUCUCAAAAUACCCACCUCCAACUCCUAGAGAUUUGAGCUGCUAACCUGCAUGUGUCGAACAAUACCAGAUCACUCUAAAGGGAGUGUCCAAGAUUUUACCUGGGAUGUGACGAGCGAGGUCUCCGGUGCCUAUCUACCGCGCAGCGAGUCAUAGGGUACAGCCCUGAGUUUUAUAGAUCCCACACAUUUCAUCUGCUACAGGGUAAGGUGCUUGCCCGUGCGGGCACUGCAGGUAUAGGACCCAGGUGAGCUAAAGACUAACCACUGUACAUAUAUAUGCCUUAUGUAAUUUUUUCUUUUGGCAAUUAGUAAUAAAGCCCAGCAUGUACAAAAGUACUGUAGAACAGAACUUCUAUUAAAUCAUGUAUAUAGAUGUAUCAUUAAUGUAGUUUUAGAUAUCUAACUUUAGAAAUAAGAAG